AUGCUGUUUUUAGCCAUCUACAUCACCACUUUGACAACAAAUCUGGGUCUCACUGCAUUAAUCAGCAUAGAUCUUCAGCUGCAAACGCCAAUGUAUUUUUUCCUCCAAAAUCUGUCUUUCACGGAUGCAGUUUAUUCUACAGUCAUCACUCCCAAAAUGCUGGCCACGUUUUUAGAGGAAACAAAAACAAUUUCAUAUGGAGGUUGCAUUCUGCAGUACUUUAGCUUUAUUUUGUUGACAACCAUGGAGCUCCUGCUGCUAGCUGUGAUGGCAUAUGACCGGUAUGUGGCCAUCUGUAAACCUCUGCUUUAUACUGCCAUCAUGACCAAGGUGGUGUGCUGGAGGUUGGUUAAAGGCUUGUACUUCAUGGCCUUCCUGAACUCUCUGGUGCACACCAGUAGCUUGCUAAAACUAUCCUUUUGCUCUUCAAAUGUGGUAAACCAUUUCUUCUGUGAUAUCAGCCCUCUCUUCCUGAUUUCAUCUCCCAGUACCGCUCUCAAUGAGCUGCUGGUU